AUGAACCGCUUUCCCCCUCUAUCCUAUGAGAGUUUAAAAAGUGUUCUCGGACAAAUGGAUGCGAAUACAAGAUUCCGCCUGUUCUCUAGAAUCCCUUCGAUCCGCAUUACCGACAAGGUAGUUCCACUUCGGAUUCAAACGUUUUCGGCUCACAACUACAAAUUCAAAAUCAACAAUACCGAAUAUGAAGUGGGAAUCUAUAAGAAGUACCCACCUGGUAUGACACCUCCAAAAGUCCAGGAAGUCAACAAUGCUGGUGGACUAAUCGAUGAUUUAGAUCAGCAUGGAUUUGUAGAUGAUUCUGGAAGGAAUGUGUUGACUCCUGGAGAUGUGGAUUUGCGGGACUUAGGGUUGCUGGUACUAUUUGGUGGGCCAUAUCAACAGCAAGAUCUAGAAAAAAAGUUGGAGAAAACGAGAAGAAAAAUUGAAUUUGUGGAGAGCUUUGGACCAAUACCAGAGGUUCUUGAGGAUGAUAUGGAUCAUGAUGACUUCGAGCUUCGAAGACUGGUUCAAGAAAUUCGAGACGGGACUUUAAAGCCCACCACCAAGCGCCCUAAGGAAUUCGAGGGAACACGAAAAAUGGCUCAUGACAAGCUAAGCGGAAAAAUCAAGAAUAUUAUGGCAAAACUUCAACCGUUCUACUCCAGACGGGAUGGUGUACCAGUUCCAUAUGAGAGCUUCAUCCAAUUAACUGUAUCUUCGCGGCGUCAGGAACAUAUCGAGCGAGUUCAAUACAGUUAG